GUGCACACAGUGUUUCCAUGGCGACUGUGGGAGGCGCGGCGUAACACCCACCGGAAACGGCCUCUGCAGUGCCAGUAGAAAAUGUGAAGGAGUAAGACCUUGAUAUCUCUUUUAAAGAGUUUAUCGCUGAUUUGUGUUGAAUGUGAAGACACAGGAUGGUAUGCCUGGACUCAUGUGCGCGCGGCUUGAUGAAGUAGUGCUCCGAUUGUGUUGGAAACAACGCACCGGCCGAGACUAGACUGUGUGGGUGAAGGCCGAGCGGUCCUGCCCCCUUCAAUGAGCUAGCGAGAAAAGCUUCGCUGGCGGAUCCGUAACUAUGGACGACUACAAUGAGUAUCAUUAAGCAGCUGUACUGCUAAACUGUUGCGUUGUAGUAUAACGAAAUCACUAUGCGCGACCAAGGGCUCUCCAGGAGGCUCUCAGCUCCCUGAUAUUAACGUUACAGGCCUGCUUUAUUCAUCUGGAAAUUUCUGAUCAGGGGAAGCGGGCUAGCUAGCGCCGCAAGGGUUAGCCCUCUCCGCACUGCAUCUCUGGGCUUUGAGGGUGCAGGUUCUUCCAUGACCACACCACCGACUUUGUUGCCUAUCUAUCUGAGGACUUUUUAACUCCAAAAGUAUUUUAUGGGAAUCAUAUCGGAGAAAGAGAAGCGGGCCUAAGCCAAAAUGGUGAACUGGAGGUGGCUGCUGCGAAUGUCCAACCGAUCGUUGCUGGCCUUCAUAUUUUUCUUCUCCAUGUCCACUACCUGUCUCUACUUCAUUUAUGUGGCUCCUGGAAUAGCCAACACAUACUACUUCAUGGUGCAGGCUCAGGGCAUCAUGUUGAGGGACAAUGUGAGGACCAUUAGCCAGAUGAUCCGACUGUAUACCAACAAGAACAGUACACUUAACGGGACAGACUAUCCAGACGGCAGUAACUCCAGUGAAUUCCUGGUCCAGCCAACUACAUACCUCCCAGAGAACUUCACGUACGCCCAGAACCUCCCCUGCCCGGAGCGAUUACCUUCUAUGAAGGGCCUUAUGGAAGUGAACAUGACGGAGAUCCCAGUGGAGGAGAUAGAACUGAAGUUCUCUAAGCUUUUUGGCAUUGAGUUUGGAGGCCAUUGGAAACCAAAGGACUGCAGAGUCCGCUGGAAGGUGGCCAUCCUGAUUCCAUUUAGAAACCGUCAUGAACAUCUCCCCAUCCUCUUCCAACACCUCAUCCCUAUGCUGCAGAAACAGCGACUGCAGUUUGCCUUUUAUGUCAUCGAACAGAGUGGGAGUCAGCCUUUCAACAGAGCCAUGCUGUUUAAUGUGGGGUUUCUGGAGGCUAUGAAGGACUUGGACUGGGACUGUUUGAUAUUCCAUGAUGUUGACCACAUCCCAGAGAACGACCGCAAUUACUAUGGCUGUGGUCAAAUGCCACGUCAUUUUGCUGCCAAGCUGGAUAAAUACAUGUAUAUUCUUCCAUACAGUGAGUUCUUUGGCGGUGUAAGUGGACUUACUGUGGAGCAGUUCCGCAAGAUUAAUGGCUUUCCCAAUGCAUUCUGGGGCUGGGGAGGCGAGGAUGAUGACUUGUGGAACAGGGUUCACUAUGCUGGUCUGAAUGUCACGCGACCAGAGGGAGAGAUCGGCAAGUACAAGUCAAUUCCUCACCACCACAAAGGAGAGGUGCAGUUCCUCGGGAGGUAUAAACUGCUGAGGUAUUCCAAAGAGCGGCAACACUUGGACGGCCUCAACAACCUCCUCUACAGCCCUCACAUCUCACUCAGCAGCCUCUACAAGAACAUCACGGUGGACCUGUACCCUGAGCUUGCCCCCAUCAUGGACUACUGAACUGUGUCUCCCCGCCCCCGCCCACCAUUUAGAGACAGAGUGGCGGUGUGACAGAAGACAGGAGGGGGGCACAGGCGGUGGGAGGGGGACAAUGUAAUGCUGCCAAGAAAUCAUCAUGAGGAAAAAAAAAAAAUGGAGAAAAUUCAAACCAGAAAAAAUGGAGAGGCACAGUGGCAAGUUUCUCUUAGUGAACUGUUAAGUGUGUGUGCAUGUGUGUGUGCGCACAUGCACGUGUGUGAGUGUUAUGGGUGCUGCAUGUCCUUUUGUCCGUGCUGGCUUAGCUGCUACAAGUCCUGGUUUAGGUUGGAGGGAGCAGCAGCAUCUCUGUUUACUGCAAAGCCUUAAUGUGGCCAACCCACUCCGCUCGUCUCUGCACUGCUUCACUCCUCAUGUGUCACCGUCACCUUUCAAGCCAACAGACAAGUUCUUCUCUCUCUUUCUAUUUUCACUUGUUUAUACAUAUCAUUCUGUUAGGUAUUCCUCUAAAAGGAGGGAUCUGAGCAAGGUCGGAAUUAAUAUUUGUGAUGUAAUUUUUUAUUAUUUUUUUAACAAUAUGUGCUAUUUAUUUUUUCUGAGGAUUAUUGAAGAAGCACUCCUGCCUGUGUUUGUUUUGCUGCACUGCUGCUGAAUCCGCAUGAACAUGUAUGUAAAUAUCGGCCUCUCAAAGCUCGGACACAGAACAUAAAUAUGUAAAUAUGAGCCUUUAAAUGCUCUGGCAUAUUCCAGUGGAUUUGAGUUAGAUUUUGGCAGCUACCUUUGUUCUGAGGAUUUAUGAAGAGUGAGUGGUUUCUUCCUGACAGGAAGAGCUUCUAAUAAUAUAGGUUGUUUGGUUUAAAAUAACACACAAAAAACAGAAGUAUCCAAAUCUCAAGAUUUGGCAUUAUUGUUUGCAUGCCUUAAAUUAUUUUGUUUACCAGUUUGUUUGUUUUUCCAAGCAUAAAUUAUUUUAUUAUUUGGAGAUGUGUAUAUUUUUAUUUUGCCUUUUCGUUGUGUUUUUUUCCUUUGAGCUGAAAAGAGCAGCACUGCUCCUCGGUAGGAGGGAGGUGUGACUGUGCACAGGGUCGGCCAUCUCGCCGCCGUGUCCACACAACAUGCUUUAGUGCAGCUUUCUGAUCUCUUUAGGUUUUUUUUAUUUAUUUUUUUUUAAUCUCAGAUGUGUUUCUAGUAUGACAUUUUUUAAAAUGAUUUUUACUCUGAUUUCGUAUUCGACCAUGUGAUAAAGCUCUUCAUCGUACUGUACCAUGCGCUGAAGCAUGGCCCUUUGGACUGGACACUGUGUGUGUCUGGACUGUGGUGUUUUUUUCUAGGCUUGUGUGACAGAAGGGCCAGAAUGAGAGAACCUUAUUGUCAGCUUCUCACAUCUGAAGCUACUGCUGUUCUUGAAUGGCACAAAUGAACAACUUUCAUUUCAACAAGCUUUGAGCACUGGAAAGAAAAACAUGUAGGCAGAUUAUUUUUGACCUGAUGUUCACUGUAAAGAUUUUUCUCUAUAUCUCUAAGGUUUGCAUUUGACCAUGAAUUGUAUGUUUGUACAUUUUCUUUAAAUGUGUCCUUAGAUGUUAAGUCAGAACUGUGGCCAUUUAUGACCUGGACCCUACCUCCUCUUCCAUCACUAUUUCAUCUCGAGUCUGUUAGACUAAGAUUAUUUGAUCUCUGGUUGUCAGUCCAAACAGUGGUUCUACAUGUCACUGUGUGACACACCAACCGAUUUGGGGCUUCGGUGACUAGAGACAUGUAAGAAGUUUCAAACCACAUGUCUGCCGCUGAGAUCUACAUUCAUAUUUUUAAUGUAGUAAAAUAUUCUGAUAAACCAGCUACAUAGCUGCUCCGAUCACAGUAGCAGAUAGACAACUGGGCACAAUCUGUCAGCAAAUGAAGCUUGUGUGAAAUUAUUGAAAGCCCCGGAGCAGCUAUUCACCAGUCCUUGUCAUGAGAUGGUUCUGGUAAGGAAUAAAGUUUAAAUUGAAAAGCAAACAAAUCAAUGUACAUUUUGAAAACCCGAGUAGCAGAAAUGGAUGAUGCAUGGUCAUAAUUAUUACGUUUCUUUGUGUGUAGUUUACAUUUUUACAGAUGAAGUUAUUGUUCAUUCAAGCAGUUUGUUUGACAGAAAGCUGAUUUGCUGCUAUUUUUGGUGGUCGAUUAAUUGUUUCAGUCAUUUCUAAGCAAAGAGGCCAAAAAUUCCUUCUUCCCAAAUGGGAAUUCAUUCUUUAUGAAAAAGGCAAUAUCUUUUGGUUGGAUUCUGGCUGUCUGUUAGUACAGACGAGCAGUCUGAGAAAAUCACAGCCAAACAAUUAAUAGAUGAAUGGAGAGAAUCAUCAGCAGACUAGAAUAGAAAAACUUCUGACCCUCGUGUUUUUCUUGUAGAGCUCUGAUUGACCAAGGAAUCUGACGAACCUCAAAUCCCAGUACGUUCCCACAAAUGUGAUCUAGUCUGUCUUGGACCAUGUGGUGCAUUAUCCAGUAAACCUGUUAGAUGGCUGUUUUCACACAGUUUGCACAAUCUGCGGGCAUACUGUUCUUGGCGUGUCACUAUUAGCAGGCUAAUAAAAGCAUGUUUUGUUUCCAAGUGGUGACUCCCACUUUGGAAUAAGACGUUGCUACUCUCUGUGUUAUAAGAUAUACAAGUGUCUUAUCAGUCCAUCCAUGGCAUGGCUUUAGUGGCCACACCUAAAGUCUGACACCGGCAGAUGCGUAGUAUCUUCUUAAUAGUUGGACGGGUAAAUUGGAGGGAAUAGGGUGAAUGUCUGAAAUGGCCAGAGUGACCCCUCAGAUAUGUUUCCUCUAGUAUUAAAGCACUUAUGUGUUAGUCAGUACACCCAGGGUUCCUCCACAAAAACACUACAAGCACUCCUGGGAAUGGCCGUCUUUAAGUUGAGGUGGAUUUAACCUUCUCCCUCCAAAAUGCCCCUGCUGCAGCCUCUUUGUGUUUACAGUGUCCCCUCCCCCACAAAAAGCAAGGAUGAACCUACAGUACAAUCUGACUUGUGUUCAAAGUUUGUGGAACAGAUGAGAGCUCCAGUUCCAGCCAGUCUGAUGCUGUCAGCGUACCUGCUUCCUGGCUGGAGACCUAGGACUGGAACUGCAUUAGUCUUGCAGACCUGUCUUUUCUUCUAUGCGUUUUUAUUUUUUUAUUUUUUUUUACAAAGUACCACAUUUUAGCAUAAGAGAAAUCGGGUUUGUUUAUAGGUUACUGACUGUGCAGGAGUAAGGUGGAGCAGGAUUCAGAAGUUGUUCACGUAGCCUGGUUCAUCACAACAUGACUCACUGUCUUGGUGAUCAGCAGGUUAGGACGCAUACAGUACCACAUAGUUCAGUGUUCACGAGAUGCCCCUAAUUAGAUGCAACACCACCCCCUCCCAUAUCAUGACUGCACAUACAUGCUGGUUGAUCUGUUGCUACAGUAGCCAGUACAGCAGUUUAAUAACAGAUUUCCCUCAACUGACACUGUGCCAGUCUUUAAUACAAGAAGACUGUCCCGCUACACUGGCACAGUUUGAGUCUUAAUACGUGGUUGUUCUGGCCCCUGCAGUUCUUCAUCACCCGUGUGUUCUGACAGACAUUCCAAAUGCAUUUACUGGUCUCUGUGUACUUUGCAUGUUUUCUUAACUUGUCUGCAACUGCCCAACUUUAUGUAUGACUUUUACCACUCUUCACAGUUUUGUUUUUAUAACUAAAAAUGGCUCCACAUUCUAAAUGUAAAAGGCACUCCAGAAGUCAGAAAUUCUGCAUUGCAUUUUGGACAACUUAGAAGAGACAGAACUGAAAAUGAAAGCAUUAGAUAUCCUGACUCUUAUAUGUUUUCUUGCCCACACGGACUCAGUGUUAUUCUGUGCAGAUGAAAAAUAAAGCAUUGGAACUGAAGAAUAUUGGCAGCAAAGUCCUAGAACUCGAACACUUCCCAUGAUGCAACUCAGGCAUCUUUUGUUAGACCCCCUGUGCCUGAUACAUGAAGAGUCCCAGUUCUGCUGUAAAACUGCAGUCUCCAAAGCCAAAUUGACAUAAUCCUGAUAACAUCACUGUGAUGUCAUCAGGGUUAAUGAUGGCAUCAGGGUUAAUGCUCAUUCUGUUCACUCCAGUGUUUAUAGCUGCUUUGUCGCCGUCUGAAAUAAUUUUACUCUGGCUGCUUGCAGGUCAUGUUCAAACGGAGUUUUGCCCACAUGUUCUAAGAUGGAGCUGGGCAGUUAUUUCAUUCAUACUGCACCACUUUGCAAUCAAGCUUUCAUUUCAUUUGCUAACCAAAUGCCACUGACCUCCAAAAAGAAUGAACACAUUAUUCUUCUGUUGUGAGACUAAUCGAUCAAGAGCUGGCACCUCAAACCUCUUUUCUAGCCUUCAGUCUGCCUGGCCAAGCCUUUGGAUACAUAGGACAAAAUAAUGCAGUUUACAUUUACUUUCCAUGUGUACAAUGACCAGAGCCUUGCUUUUGUGAACUGCGCUGCAGGCAGCUUUCCACUGCAUUACUGAUCAGAGUGAUGAUGUGGUGUGCUCAUGUUGGUGAUACAACACUGUGUGAAAAAGAAUCUGGGCCCCCAUGUUUAUCAUUAUUUUUGUAGCAAUGCUGUGGUUUAAUUCCUUUAUUUAUUUCAUGUUCAACAAGCAUGUUUCUCAUUGUAUGAUUUUUUUUUCUUUGACUCUGGUAAUAAUGGUAAUAAUUGGAAUCUGACAUAUACCAGCCACUGACUGUUUCACAGAUAGAUCAGUAUGCUGGGAGAUGGAGAACAGUGUGCAUCCAGAAAUGCCUACAAUGUUUGCACACAUUUAAAAACAGUGUUGCUGUUAUAUAGCUUAUCCAGCCGAGAGCACUGGCACAUUAAUUAAUUGACUGCUAAAUGCCCCCGCUGCAUACCUGUAAGGAAAGCGGGGGGGGGGGGUUCCAGUAUUUUAGGUUUACUUUCCAUGUGUACAAAUUUUCCAGAGCUUUCAGACAUAUCUUGUGACCUUCAUGUGCAGAUGAGUUUGCUCAUAAUAUAACAGUCGAGACAAUAACUCUGAUGAUGUUAGUAUAUGUCAGAUAGUAUAUGACAAAACAUUGCACCACAAGGUCCAUUAACAGCUUGUCAAGAGCUUUCAGCUUUUGUUAAAUGGCCUUCCUCUGUAAUCUCUUUAACUUAGGCUUCAUUUCCUUUAAAGGGUCUUGUGAUACAGUUGAAAGCACCUGAACAGGUACCAAUGGACCUCAAAGUGAAAACUAGAGAAAAUGCAUUUCCUGUCGAAAAUGUGUGUGGAUGCUGAUAUGCUGAAAGAUCGCCCUGAAAAUACCUGAAAUCAAUUGCUGAAACAGCUGAAGGAUGAGAAGAAAUGGCAACUUCCAGCGCCGACAGCGAUGGCAACCGUGGUCACUCGCGCUCUUUUGUGUUUGUGCGUGGCGCUUUGGUGCGGUUACGACAGAGGGGAACAUGGACCUCACUCCCAUCUAUUC